AUGAGAGCGAGAUACAAGAUCAGGGUUCCAUCAAUCCCGGAAACUCGCUGGCUCUACAUAUAUGAUACUCUGUUUUUCAUCUUUGAUAAUCUGGAAACAAUUAAUACUGCUUUAAGAAGUGGAGAUCUUCCACUAUCCCUUUCCAGAGCUACACGUGAACAGUUACAAUGGACACGUGAUGGAAUUCCUCCACUCUUUAAAGAUGCUUUAAUGAUAUUCAAGCCAUUAAAGCAACUUCAAUUAUGGCUGGAAUCCAACAAGUCCAUGGGUGCUUAUGCAUUCCUGAUGAUACAACAGUGCCAAGGGAUGUUGGAUGAAAUGGCAGGAAGAUUAACGCCAGAUGGUGAAGAGAUUCUCCGAUCAAUCACUACAAUAUUCAAAAAUGAUAUGAAAGAAUAUGGUAGAAUUGAUUUGCUUCGGUUUGCUUUCGGCUUUACACCGUUAGCAAGGAAGAUCAUCAGAGACAAGAAGGGUUUUGGAGGAAAGACAAGCUAUCCACCUAUAAUGCAGUUGAAAGAUGUGCAAGUCCCAACGAUUCCUUCCCUGAGGAUCAUCAAUCGCGAGAUCACAUUUGAGAAACUCGGUGAAAUCCUUGAAGAAGAACGAACAGAACGUGUUGACGAGGUAGCCGAGCAUGAUGAAGAGAUCCAGCAAGCAGAAGAGGAACAAAUGCUUAACGACGAUCAUGCAGCCGAAACAAAUGCCGAUGGUUCGAGGAAUUCCUUGGUCUGGGAUGUUGUAGAUGAAGAGAUAAAAGAUCUAUACACAUUCAUGAUAAAAUCCUCAGACAAAGAGCAAUUGCCGAAUCAACAGUUGAUCCAACGAUCAAUAAAGACGAUAGAGCCAAGGAAUUGA